AUGACAGAAGAAGAGGAAGAGAAAAAUGAAGCCCAUGAGAAUAAAUUAUGGGAUGCAAUGAGCUUCCUAGAAUCAAUGGGAGGCAUAGGAAGCGCCAUGAAAACGCGAUUUAUGUCUACAUUAACAGCCUUAAAUAGAAGAAUGCACUUUUUCACAGGAAAUAGAGAGGAAAGAGAUGAUGAUCAAACACAUCAAAAUUGGUAUUUUACAAAUGCUUAUAAUUUCUUAUCAAACGCGAUUAAUCUUUUUAACAUACGACGUUUCUAUUCUAUAUUUAGUUCAAUGACCCCAGAUUUUACUCCAGAAGAAAACGUUUUUGCAAAUGAAUCCGAUAUUGAAAAUGCUUUUGGCGUAAAUCGUGGUGGAACGCUUUAUUUAGGCAAGUACUCUAUCGAGCAAUGCACUGAGCUUAUUCGUAAUAGCAAAUUUAACGAUGAUUUCCAAAGGAUGGGUUAUCCUGACUGGUACAUCGAAUUCGAUCUAAGUGACUGUUUUACACAUUUAGCUUAUGUAUUUAGCCGUCAUCUUGAAGGAAAAGAAAAAUAUAUUGCUUUUCUUGCAAUAGAAGUCGGCGAAUUUCAACUGAAAGAAACUUCAGCUAAAGGAAAAGGUACGGCAAUAUUAAGCCAAUAUUUACCAAAAUCUCUUAACCUACUAAACGUUAAAUGGCUUUCACUUCAAGAUCCUUUAUCAAAAUUCAGCGCAAAGCGACCUCGUCUCCCCGGCCAACGCUUCCCAGGAACUGGUGCUGGCCGACAUGUUUUCGAAUUCUUUAUACAACUCUGCACAAAAUCAGAACGCGACGGAAUUGUCAAUACGCCAGAACAUUUCCACAACGCUUUCAUAUACGAAGGGUUCCUCUUCUUGGAUGCCGAUGUUGAAGGUAAUUUCAGAGCAAUGAAACGAGAUUUGGCAUCAGAUAUUCAGAACCGUGGACUUGCGGCGGUUUCUUGGGCCAUAUAUUUGGGAUUUUUGAGAGAAAAUGAUACACCCGUGAAAUGGAAACCCGAAGAACAAGCAUUUGCAAUUUCAGAACAAUUUAAGAGAUAUUUUGACUCACCAAGCUACAAUUCCGCUGUAAAUGAAGCAGAGAAUUCACGCGGAAAAUAUCAUCUUGUUUGGGAAGAAGCUGAGUCAUAUUGCUUUGCCGCAGUUGACGAAUUUUCAGAAAGAGAAAACGUGACUAAUGUUUAA